AAAUGUGAACACGUUUACAGACCUAACCUCAUUCUCUGGUUUCUCCGCGACUUCGUGCAACACUUCUCCGAUUGCUUCGUACACUUCAUCGGCAUCUUCGAAAUCAUCUUUCGAGCUGUCUAAGAUACCUUUAUACGACGAAAUAUUGUAUAUUUAACUUUAGUAUUACAAAGUAGUUUUAUAAUUUGUAGGUUAGAUUCUUUCUUACAUACCUUCCACAUAUUGAUACAAAUCAUCAUCUAUCGUUGGAAACUGACUGCGAAUGUAUUCGCCACAGACUGCCAUGCCAGUUAAGCUAGCGAACAAAUAUGUCGAAGUGAAUUCGUUUAAAAUAGUUGAAAAAACGAUGCGCUUGACAGAACGGACGUCAAAGCUCUCUCGGACACUGCGAACACAUGUUUACGCCAUUUUGAAAUAUAAUACCGCAGUCGGGACAUCGUCCGGGACGAAUAUAUUUUCGAAAUCAAAGAAAUUUUUAACAUAUACGAUUCGCAUACAUUCUUGUACGUAGUGCUCCCGUUUAUAUUUUUUCGAAAUUCUGUGUUCGCAUCAACAUCUUUUUAAAUUUCUAAAAAAUACACGCAUUUUCCUCUUCGGUGCCGAAUCCAUUGGCGAAGUAGCCAUGUUGAAGCUGUCAAAAGCGAUUCUUGCUGUUUGAUUGUAUGUGCAGUAUGCUUUUUACGUAUUCUAACAAUUACCGUUGAUUACUGUUCACUUUUUCUGUUUUACGAUAGUUGAAUAACAAGAAAUGAUCGUAAUUUUCAAUGUUAAACACUUUAAGAUCUAAUUUCCAAUCUGUAGUGAGUAUUUAAUGUUGUUCCAAGAAAAAUGUCGAAAAGAGCUGAAAACAUAACUAGUUCUGACGGCGAAACGUAUAAUUAUCUGUUAACGUUUACGGAUUAAUAUUUUCGUGAAAUCUGUAUAACAUAUUUUACGUCGUUUUGAAAAAGAAUUUAAGUUUGAAGCAUACUUACACAGAAAAUCUAAAAAAUGGCGACCGACAUUGAAGAAUCUGACACUGAUGAUCAUGAAAGACCUGCUCCAUCAAAACGACAGUGCACACGAUUAAUUAAAGUUAAUGAGACUGUCUGGGAAGAGAAUAAAAAUUCGGAUACAAAAGAAGAAACAAUAGAAGAUCCCGAACACGUUCAAUAUGAAAAAUUAAAGAAAUGGCAAAUGUGUCAAGUGGCCAAGGGAUUUCUGGAUAAUACUAUCAACAAAGUAUUAGAAAAUUAUAUUAUGGGAGCGCCGCCUUCUUAUCCUUUGGACGAAUCCAGAUUUCAAUGGAUUAGAGAAAACGACAUGGAAGACACUGCAGUUCUAAUGGCAAUUCGUAAUCACGGUUUAGUUCAGUCCGGAGACUUUGUAUCUCAGUCCAAUGCUUCUUACAGCCAUAAUACUUCUGAAUAUUGGACCAACAAUGAAUUCACAGAUGCGCAUUAUUCUUGUUCGUCUAAUGGUGUUGAAAACAUUGAAAAUCGUGGAAGCUCCAUUGCUACUACGUCUACGAACUCAAUAAGAUUAAAUAAUUCGAACAGCACCGAAGAAUAUAUUAAACACGACUGGGAUUUAGAAAAAGCAGAUGAUAACGACCAACAAGAAAACUUCUUGGAAAGGGCCGUGGCAGAAGCCAUUAAGAAGAAGGGACUUACCGCACUUAGCAUUGAUUACGGUUGAGCAAGUUGAAUGAAAUCUCACCUCAAAGUAUGUUUAUAUAAUAGCAAUGCAUAUAAUUUUUUAUCUUUGCAAAUCUAUUUCGAUUUGUCCAACCAAUUUCCUAGAUGAUAUUCAUCAGAAGUUAUUUGAAUAAUUCUAAUUAUGGAAUUGCAGUCUACUAAGAGGUAAAAAGUUCUGAUGAUUAUCUAUCUCUUAUCUAUCGAAUAUGGAUAAAUCUAGUUACACAUAGAAGUGUAACAUAUGUAUGCUACAGCAAAAUAUCUAUUGAAGUGCUAGAUUUCAUUGACAUAUAAUAAAAGAUGGAUGUAGUACAAAAUUUUGUUGACUGAAAUCUAUGGCAUAAAAAAGUUAUUAUUUUUGAUUAUAGGAGAAAAUAAUGUUUAUUGUAUCUACUUUACUAAGAAGAGUAUUAUUAUGAAUGCAAUUAUAAUAAACUGCGAUCUUUAGUUAACGCAAACCACUGCAGACGCUCCGACGAGUCAGAACUAAAUCAGAUACGAAUUAAAAAAUGAAUUAGUUAUCUUUUUAAGUCGUUCAGUGGUUCUAGUUCAUUCCGCGCGGUAUUCUAUUGCUUUUAUCCAUUCCUGAAGAUGUAUUACAUCUUUUUGUAUAUUGUAACUUUUGUGUAAUACAUGAGACAGGUUUAUCUUUUAAAAUUCGUAUUACAUAAGUGCGUAUAUAUAUAUAUCUCUUUUAAAACAACGGAACGUUGUUGUAUGUAAAAAUGAUGAUGUUGUAUGUAAUUAUGAUUAUUUCCCCUUUUUGUGUACAAGAUCUUCAUAAUAUAUGUAUUUUAUAUUUAUGAAUAGACUGUUACGCGUAUACCGUAUAAAUUUUCAUUUAUUUUACACAAAGGUGUGUACCUCUAUACAAGAUAUGUAAUACAGUCUCGAUAAUUCGUAUUUCUAGCAAUUAUAAAUAAAGAAAUAAAACUUAAAAUUGCGGC